AACUUUUUCAUUUGUAGAAUCCAGACUCAAGCAAAGACAAAAAGAAGAUGGCAUUAGAAAAUGGGUUUCCUCCAUAUCCAGAUUUCCUCAAGAUCUUCAACUCCCAUGAACAUUCUCAACGUUUGGUAAUCCCAAGAGGUUACAACAAAUACUAUCCAAACCCUCUGCCUCAGACAGCUGUUCUCAAGAAGCCGGAAGGAAGCUUCUGGAAUGUCAAAUGGACAAAAAGCCAAGAGGAGACUAUUAGCUUCCAAGAAGGUUGGGAAAAGUUUGUCAAAGACAAUGGUCUUAUUGACAGAGACUUUCUCUUAUUCACCUAUGAUGGUUCUCGGAGCUUUUGGGUACGCAUCCACCGGAAUGGCCUCCCCUUGGAGCCAACCGCUCCUAUCAAAAUACAAGAAAUAUCAGAUGAUGAAGAUGAUACAAUUGAUCAUGGUGAUCAUCAUAUGGAAGAAGGAGAUAGCCAUGAGAACAUGAUCGUUUCUCUUUCUCUCGGAAGCAGCGACGAAGCUGAUGAUGAUGAUGAUUAUGAUACAACGAUUUGUGAAGUUAACAAAGCUAGUGGAAGUUCCAAGAAAGGAAGGGUUGCAAGAAAGCAUCGUGCUGAUUCUAUUGCUGCUUCUAUUGAUCCGGAAACUUAUCUUGAUGAUCCCAAAAACCCGUUCUUUAUUUCAACUUCAUCGUGUUCGAGGCGUGUAUUGGUAAUUGCUAGGCAAGUAAUAAAAGACUAUGACUUAAACUUUGACGGCACUAUCAAACUCAUCGAUGGAUUCGGGGAAUUAAGGAGAAAGGUUGGGAAAUGGAAAGAUCGUGUUGUGGUAUACAAGUGGGACGAAAUGUUUACGAGAAACAAAGCAAAUCAAGGAGACGCAAUCAUAUGUGAGGUUAUACGCGAAGAAGAUGUUGUUCGCUCCAUCAAAGUGCACUUCGUGAAGAAUUGAAGUUUAUUUAUCGUAUGUUGUUUUUAAGUUUAUGGAUGAUGAAACCUUUGUCUCUAGGCUCUUAUGGAAACAUUUGUAGUAUCUUAUCACUAGGAUGUAUGGUUAGCUUUUGAAGUUGUGAACUUAUGAUCUUUGAAUUUAAGGUUCUGUUGCAUGUUUAGUAGAAAUGAUGGAUAUGUUUUUUCAUCAAAUGUGCCUCAAUUUGUUCACUUUGAAACUGGAUUUGGUAUGGACUGUGGACAAUCCAUUGACUCCAAAAUAAAGUAAAUUAGGAAAC